UUCCUACUAAAGGCAUAUUAACCGACUAACAUCGGCUUGUCUUUCGCGGGGCAGCCCGGCCGGAUGACCAAAUAUACAAAACGCGCCGUCUCCUAAAAUAGGCAGGCCCUUAGCCUCUCGACUAGGACUUUCUCCUCUCUCUCUCUCUCACUCGCUUCCCUCUCCUCCAACUAGGGCUUGGAGUGAGAAUCGACUGGCCUUAAACCGUAGAACGCAUUGCCUGAAUAUAGAAGACGAUGCCUGGGCCGACCUUAGAGAUGGAGCCAGUGGAGCCACAGUCGCUGAAAAAGCUCAGUUUCAAAUCCCUCAAGCGAGCUCGCGAUCUCUUCUCUCCUGCCCAUGGUGAACUCGCCCCUCCUGACCCCGAAAGUAAAAGAAUUCGUACGAGCCACAAGAUAAGCGUGGAGUAUGGAGGAAUUGAACCCACGGCUAGUCAAAAACCGCCCCGCCGGGCUGAGUCCAGUGCACCAGGUCGCGGUCCUCAAGGGCCUUCCAAUGCUCUUGCCCUUCCAGAUUCUAGGGACUCAAGUACGGAAGGAGCUCAAAAUGCAUUGGUUGUCGGUCCAUCUGCACCAAGGGCACCGAAUGAUGUUGGCAUUUCGGGUAGAGGCACGCUAGCUGUUUCUGCUCCAGGGUCAUCCGAAAGGUAUUCAACAUCGGCUUUAAUGGAAAGAAUUCCUAGCAGAUGGCCACGUCCUGUUUGGCAUGCUCCUUGGAAGAUCUACAGGGUCAUUAGUGGCCACUUGGGAUGGGUACGAUCUAUUGCCUUUGAUCCAAGUAAUAAAUGGUUUUGCACUGGCUCAGCAGAUCGUACAAUCAAGAUAUGGGAUGUAGGAACUGGAACAUUACAGCUUUCACUGACUGGACAUAUUGAACAAAUACGAGGACUUGCUGUUAGCAGCAGGCAUACCUAUAUGUUUUCUGCUGGUGAUGACAAACUAGUUAAAUGCUGGGACCUUGAACAGAACAAGGUUAUCCGUUCAUAUCAUGGUCAUCUAAGUGGUGUUUACUGCUUGGCUCUUCAUCCCACUCUUGAUGUUUUACUUACUGGGGGACGUGAUUCUGUAUGCAGGGUUUGGGAUAUUCGAAGCAAGAUGCAAGUUCAUGCAUUGUCGGGACAUGAUAACACAGUUUGCUCAGUUUUUACUCGACCAACAGAUCCACAAGUUAUUACUGGCUCUCAUGACUCAACCAUCAAGUUCUGGGACCUUCGAUAUGGGAAAACGAUGUCAACCCUCACACACCAUAAGAAAUCUGUGCGUGCAAUGGCACAACAUCCUAAAGAAAAUUGUUUUGCAUCUGCAUCAGCUGACAACAUUAAGAAGUUCAACCUUCCAAAAGGCGAAUUUUUACACAACAUGCUCUCUCAGCAGAAAACCAUAAUUAACGCAAUGGCUGUCAAUGAGGAUGGAGUUAUGGCCACUGGAGGUGACAAUGGGAGUGUCUGGUUUUGGGAUUGGAAGAGCGGUCAUAAUUUUCAGCAAUCCCAAACAAUUGUACAGCCUGGCUCACUGGAUAGUGAAGCUGCUAUAUAUGCUCUUUCCUACGAUGUUACUGGUACAAGGCUGGUUAGUUGCGAAGCUGAUAAGACGAUCAAAAUGUGGAAACAAGACGAAAAUGCCACUCCAGAAACUCAUCCCCUCAACUUCAGGCCACCUAAAGAUAUUCGACGGUUCUAGUUCAAUCCUCCUUUGCUGUUGCUCCCUUUUGUGACAUGUGUAAUAUCAAAAUGUGUAAUAUGUGAUUCACUAUUUACUGUUUUGGUGAAGGCUUUCUACUGUUGUCGUGCUGCUUGUUACUAUGAGAUAGGAACUAUACAAAUUUUGAUGUAUUAUUUACUACUCCUAGUUAAAUAUAUGUCGAACAUGUUCUUGAA